AAUUGUGCUUAUGGAGUAGCGAUAUUCUAUGCGAUGAUUAUCCUAUCAAAUUUGAUAAUUCGAUUGGUCAAAUCCAAUGAAGUGCAAUGGAAUUGGCAACUGCUAUUUUUGGUGUCGGACAGCUUGGCGGUGUUGAGCUUAGUGUAUGGAUUGGUACGCGAGCAGCCAGCUUUCCUUCAGCCGUUCACAAUAAUCAGUAUCGUGAUGGUGAGCUUCUGCGUGCUGUUGACGGUAUUCUACCUUUCGGCCGCCUUCGAUCCACAAUCUUUUGCCGGAGAACAAAUCGAAAUUCUCAUUGCUGGCCAAAUGAAGACCAUGUCUGAACAGUUCAAUAUCACUACACGAACAGGUAGGAGCUUAAGUUAA